UCUCCCGGAGCGAUUGGCAAUAUUCUUGACGAAGAUGUGGAAACAAUGGCCAAGUCACGCACCACGACACUGGCUAAUCUGAUACGCUCUUGUUCUUCUGUCUUGUUCAGUACCUAUCACAUGGUCACACUGAAUCCUGCUCUCUUUGGGGUCAGUUUGUCGGUGAUUCCUCUCGUCGGCGCCGCCGCGACCUUGCUCCGCAAAUCCAUCAAGUCUCUGACGCAGCGACAACGGGAAAUGGCAACUACAACGGCAAGUUUCGUUGAAGAGCGCUUGACGCACAUACAUGUCGUUAAAAUAUCCAACCGUGAACUCGACGAGGUGCACCACUACGAAGAAAUGCAGGACGAGUCCCUACGAUUGGCCCGUGCCGCAUCGAUCCAAAGUGGAGCUUUUAUGGGAUUCUUGUUUGCGGCCUCCUCUGGCGCCCUCCUCGCUGUCGUCAACGUCGGCGGACAGUCCGUUGCGCAAGGACGUAUGACCUCCGGACAGCUUACCUCUUUUGCAACGUAUUCGUUCCUCCUCGGAUUGGGUACCAGUGGCAUUGUCCGGGCCGCCAAUGAAUUGACACAGUCCAUGGUGUCGGCGGAACGAUACUACCAAUUGACCGAUAUAGACGCGACAAAUGAUUCGGUGUCGAACGCCACUGCACAAGACACCACGGUUGAAUGUGUUGCGGUGGAUGUGAGCCAGAUCGAAUCGAUCGCCCUGCGUAACGUCAGUUUUACCUAUCAGUCAACCGGUAGUCGAGUAUUGCACAGUAUUUCGUUCGAACUGACACGCGGAAAGGUGGUCGCAUUGGUCGGUAGAAAUGGGAGUGGCAAGUCGACCAUUUCGAGUCUGCUCGCUGGUUUGUAUCAGCCGCAGUCGGGGUGUAUUGAACUAUCGGAUGGAAGAGAUUACCGAACGGUGAAUAAGGAAAGCAAAAAGAGCCUCGUUCAACUUGUACCCCAAUCCACAGCGCUGUUCAACAUGUCCGUUUUGGAAAACGUACGGUAUUCUCAAGUCGACGCAACCGAAGACAAGGUCCGCAGGGCCUUGACACUGGCGAACUGCGACGAGUUUGUUUCCAAACUGGAAGGUGGCGUUCAUUUCGUAGUAGGUCUCAACGGUAGUAAGUUGUCAGGUGGGGAACGUCAACGACUGGCCCUGGCCCGAGCGCUGCUUUCAGAGCCAGUCGUCUUGGUUAUGGACGAACCAGCAUCAUCGUUGGAUGCCGAAGGCGAAUCUGCCGUCGCCGACGCCAUUGUGGCCUGUCGUCAAGCCAACGAUAAUGGUCGGGGUUUGUUGUUAAUUACCCAUCAUAUCAAGAAUUUGCAGCACGCUGAUAUGGUGCUGGUGCUGGACGAAGGAACGAUUGUUGAAGCGGGACAAAUGGCGGAUCUCAAAGCGAAUCCUAACAGUGCCUUGCGGAAGCUUAUGCCUGAUUUGAAAUGA